CUUUUUCAUUUUUAAGAAAAAGUACAAAGACGGCAAGAGAGAAUUUUCCAAUUGCCUUUAUGCACAGAUGUCCGAAACCAGUAAAACGCAGUUUGCUAAACAGCUAUCUGAGAUGCAGCGCGAGAAAAAGUACAAAGAAGGUGUUAAACAGGACUUUUCCAGUUGUCUGUACUCACAGAUGCCACAAACCUUAGAAACACAGUUUGCAAAAGAAGUCUCCGAGAAUCAGAGUGAGAGGAAGUACAAAGAAGCAGGCAAAAAGGAGUUUUCUAAUUGCCUUUAUGCACAAAUGUCUGAAACAACUGACACACAGUUUGCUAAAGAACUAUUAUAGAUUCAGAGUGAGAAACAGUAUAAGGAAGAUGGCCAAAAGCAAUUUUCCAAUUGUCUUUAUGCACAGAUGCCACAAACCAUUGACACUGUGUUUGCGAAAACAGUUUCACAGAAUCAGAGUGAGGUGUCCUAUAAGGAGGACAUGCAGGAUAUCCACAAAUAUUCAGGAACGGCUGACAGACUAGACAUCCGGAAAGCAACCCAGACAGCAAGGCUAGUCAGCGAUGUUGCAUACAAAAGCCAAACGAAAGCAGGGGUGUACAAUAGGCAGUCAGUCUUGGGAAGAUCAGAUAUUGAGCAUGCCAAAGAGGCUUCCAAGCUCUCUAGUCAGGUACAAUACAAGACUGAUUUGCAAGAGCUACAUGAUCCUAGCUCAGACUUACCAAAUUCACUUUAUCUUGGACAUGCAUUACAGGCCAGCAAACUGCAGAGCAUGUUUGAAUACAAGAAACAGUAUGAGAACUCCAAAGGGCACUCCCACUUAGCUUUGGACACAGCUGAGCGACUUCAUCACAAGGAAAAUGCGGUUCUUCAGUCUCAGGUGAAAUAUAAAGAAGAUUAUUAGAAAUCCAAAGGAAAGUCAAUGCUGGAAUUUGUAGACACCCAGGCAUAUCAAGUUUCAAAGGGAGUGCAGAAGAUUCAAAGCGAG